GCUUUCCUGCAGGCGUCAUCACCCUGCGCGGCCGCCGGGCCCUGCCGAGGCCUGGCGGCGCCGCGGGCGGCGGCUCCCCGCUCCCGCCGUGCCCCUGCCCAUGCCCCUGCCCGUGCCCCUGCCCGUGCCCCUGCCCGUGCCCAUGCGCCGCGGCCGCCGGGACCAUGCUGUUCUCCCUGCGGGAGCUGGUGCAGUGGUUGGGCUUUGCCACCUUCGAGAUCUUCCUGCACGGCCUGGCGCUGCUGCUCUUCACGGUGCUGCUGGUGCUGAAGGUGGACGGCGCGGCCGCGGCGCUCUCCUGGUGGGUCGUGUUCGUGCCCUUCUUCGCCGCGGACGGGCUCAGCACCUACUUCACCACCAUCGUCUCGGUGCGGCUCUUCCAGGACGGGGAGAAGCGGCUGGCGGUGCUGCGGCUCUUCUGGAUCCUCACCAUCCUCAGCCUCAAGUUCGUGUUUGAGAUGCUGCUGUGCCAGAAGCUGGUGGAGCACACCCGCGAGCUCUGGUACGGGCUCAUCAUGUCGCCUGUCUUCAUCCUCCUCCAGCUGCUGAUGAUCCGAGCCUGCCGUGUGAACUGAUGGCGAGGGAGUGCUGCGGUCGCUGCCCUUGCCCUGGCGCCCUCGGGAGCCCUGGGCCCUAGGCACGGCCCUUGGGCUGCUCCUCCCCCGUGUCUGACAGGGCACAGAGGGCUGGAGCCGCUGGGAUUAACCUCGCUGCUGCGGUGUGGAGCAUCCCUUGGGCUGCUCCUCCCCCGUGUCUGACAGGGCACAGAGCGCUGGAGCCGCUGGGAUUAAACUCGCUGCUGCGGUGUGGAGCAUCCCGGUCCUGCCGAGGGUCCUGCUGUGCUGCAGCCUCGUUCCAGUUCCCUCUGCUGGCGUUCAGGUGUGCUGCUGUGCCAGCACUGCUCGGGGUCGCAGUUCCCUCGUGGUGCAAUAAAGCUGCAUGGAAGAGUUUGCUUUA